UACGCCAGAAGCCAGUUCCGGGUACGUGCCUGGCUGAGAGCGGAGAUGAACGAGAGCGUGGCGACAAAGUCUAACACGCCCGGUGCCAAGAUGCGCUACACUGUGGACGACUUCCUGAAGCAGGUCUUCACGCGAUGCGGCUUGGUGCUUGAGGGGUGGCCGGCGGACAUCCCCUUUUGCAACCUGAGCGACGUCGGGGGAAAUACGAACCUCGAACGCCUCCGGCACGCGUGGGUGCAGGGCGAUCUGCGCUUCGUUCCCGUCACAGACGAGCACAAGGCUGCAGCGGAGGCUGACCCGCUGUCUGCGGUGCCUGGCCGUCUGAACCGCGGUUUCCGGAAGCGUGCGCAGCGGAGCGACAUC